GCUUCCACCACCCGCAACGGCAAACCCUACCUAGCUCGCCAUCUUUCCUUCAUGCCCGCUCAGUCUCAGCAGCAGUCUUUACUCUACCUAUCCAUACUCUUUCACAAUCCCCACACCACACACCAAAAGCCAUGCUUCGCGCCCUUCUGUUUGCGCACGUAUAAAUUACCUUUUCUGUUGCUUCCCGUGUUGUUCUCACCUACUACAGUAAUUGUUCUAUUCUUUCCCCGUCUAAUUCCCCUGUUAUCACACCUUCUUCCCAUAUGUACAGCUCGUCGUAGUUUUCGUUUCCCCACCCACCACCCAACAAAGUCUCCCACAACAGGACGAACUACCUCACAACACGAUGCCAACACCAAGUGUCCCGAGCAUUUCGCCUCUGCUCACGCCUCCGCCCGAACGCGCAAGCCAAUCCUCGCUAUGUCCGCCCGAGCAAGUCCACAUCUACACUCCCCAAUCGACCGAAGAAUCGCUUCAGUCGGACGUUGUCGAGGACUAUGAUGAUUCCUCGAGCACCGCGCCUUUGCAACAACCAACACCUCCGCCCGCCGAUACUGACGAUGCUCUACUACUAGAGUCUCCAGCAACAACAACUGAAACAGCAGAAACAGAAACAGAAGCAGAACACGCGCACAACAAGCAUGCAGACACCGAGCAGCAAGACGACUCUACCAAGGAUGCACCCAGUCCCUUGAGCACGGUCGAAGACUCAUCGGACUGUGAUACGCGCGCACAGCUCUCGCCUGUAUCCACGUCAUCAUCAGGUGAAGCCAAUUCGCCGACAUAUCCAACCGUCAGCAAUUCGCCAUUCCCCAAGCAUCGAGUACGUUCUAUCCAGCUACGCCCUUCUUGGUGAUAAAAUUGACUAAUUGGUACACUUUUGCAGUUCGCACCUAACUCCACCUGUUCAUUCCUCCGCCAUGGGAGCAAAUUCAAAGGCACGCAAAAGUCCGAUC